AUGCAACACAAAGCAGCUACACCCAAGAAGCCGCUGACUGAAGUCGCAGUCUGGGAGGUCCUGGCCUCGCUGGGCCUCGCAAACAAACACGCAAAGCUCCUCUUCCUCGGCCUGGAUAACGCCGGCAAGACGACGCUGCUACACAUGCUCAAGAACGACCGUGUAGCCGUGCUACAGCCCACACUGCACCCCACCUCAGAAGAGCUGUCGAUCGGCAACGUCAAGUUCACAACCUUCGAUCUGGGUGGGCACGCGCAGGCCCGGCGGCUGUGGCGCGACUACUUCCCCGAAGUGUCGGGCAUCGUCUUCCUGGUCGAUGCGAAAGACCACGAGCGACUGGCCGAGUCUAAGGCCGAGUUGGAUGCGCUGCUCGCUAUGGAGCAGCUGAAGAGUACGCCGUUUGUUAUUCUCGGUAAUAAGAUUGAUCACCCGGAGGCUGUGUCUGAGGACCAGCUGCGCAGUUCGCUGGGCUUGUAUCAGACAACAGGUAAGGGCAAGGUGCCGCUUGAGGGUAUUAGGCCGCUUGAGGUCUUCAUGUGCAGUGUGGUCAUGAGGCAGGGAUACGGAGAGGGAAUUAGGUGGUUGAGUCAGUACGUCUGA